AUGGAGAAUAACUCUCAGCCGUAUUAUUACAACUUGCCGGCCGGCGAGGAGAGCAUUCGAGGCCCAGGGCUCGAUCCCUCGGUGCUUCAGUCUUCUGACUGGCUUUGGGGCUCGGUGCCUGUCAGUCCUGGUAGCUUCAGCUUCAACCCCUACGCCAUACCGCCAUACACGGACCGACCUCCGUUUCCAAACCAGCAAUCGUCCAGAUCGUCCUCUUCACGAGAGAUCCCAAAGGUGGCUAUUCCGCGGACUGCAGGUAUCAGUGGUCAGUCCCAACGUCGCCGAUCCGCGCGCGCUUGCGAACCUUGUCGUCAGCGGAAAAUCAAAUGCGAUGGAAACAAGCCCGCCUGUAAACAAUGUGUGGAGCACAACGUGAGCUGUUCCUAUCUAGAUGCGAAACGAGUCCGAGAUCAGAAACAGCUUGGGGUGCUAGCAAAGAAGGUCCAGCGUUAUGAGAAACUACUGGAAGUGAUUGAACCAGAAGUUGAAGGUGCUCUCGCAAGGCGGAUUAGAAAGAGCUUACAGGGUUCUGAGGCAUCAUCUGCAGACGAUGCCUCUGACUCGGGUGACGAAACUUCAUCGAUUGGAUCCUUGGAUGAGAUUGACCUGAUAGAUGAGGAUUUGAAUCGGGAUGAGAAGUCGAUAGCCACGGGAUUCUUUGGCAAGAACUCUGAGAUAUACUGGAUGCAGAGGUUGGAGGAUGAGAUCGAAGGUCGUAGUCAAGGCCUCGAUGACUCGGGCAUGGUGCCGGACCAAGCUACUUCUACGCAGGAGCAGAAGCAUGAUGUCCCCAGUACAACAGUAAGCUACCAUCUCGACGACCUACAACUCCCAUUAAUGGAUUCCGUGGAUGCAUACGCGCUGCCGCCAAAAGAGCUAGCAGACCAGUUCUUUACCGCAUUUAUGGAGUCUGUGCAUCCGGCAUUCAUGGUCAUCCGGAAGAGUAUCUUUACUGCGCAAUAUCGGCAGUUCUUUAGCCAACCGUCGAAUCCACCGCGGAGAUGGCUUGCCAUUCUAAAUAUGAUUUUCGCUAUUGGUUGCCGAUAUCAACAUCUUGUGGAUCACGCAGGGGGUGGGGAUUUGGAUGAUGUACUAUACCUGAACCGCGCCCGGAAGUUAGCCUUGAGCGGAAAUGUGCUGUUUGAACAUGCAGAUUUACAGCAAAUCCAGGUGGAGUUUCUAGUGGCUUUAUACUUGCUAUCAAUGGGUCAGGUUAAUAGGUCAUUCAAAUUCUCGAGUAUGGCACUUCGAUCAGCUUUGUCACUUGGAAUCAACCUUCGCUUGGUGGAUGGCCGAACACACUACACGUCAAAAGAGGCGCGAAACCGCCUGUGGUGGUCUAUUUAUCUUCUUGAGCAUCAGCUUACGUCCGUCACGGGCAGAGUCUCUUGCGUCAAUGAGAACCUGAGCUCCACGCCACUUCCAGUGCCAUUCGAGGAGGACGCUUUCGGUAGACCGGAAGUUCUUUGUCUUUUCCAGGAUUCAUCCAUGCGUGAAAGCCACUUAAAACUGACAUUGCUCCAAACUGAAGAGGAGGCUCGGUCUAGCGCCGAAUGGCUACUGACUUGCGAGCCCACCUCAUCUCUGUUUUUCUAUUGCCUGGUAGACCUCACGAGCAUAACUCAAGCCGUGAUGAACAAAGUUUACAGCAUCCAAGCUUUACGCGAGCCUAGUGGUAGGAUUCACCGCCGCAUACGAAAAUAUGGCAAGACCCUGGAGACUUGGCUGUCCAAACUGCCCCAGGCUUUUCGAUUCACAGAGUCACAUAGCGAGCGAUUUCAUGUACCAGCAGCUGAUGAUCCCUUUAUACAAGAGCGAAUAUGCCUUGCCUUCAACUUUUAUAGCUCCAAGAUUACGCUCUGCCGGCCAUGCGUCACUCAUACCAAUCUGAAAGGAAGCUCCUCAUCCCAGUCAACAAAGGUGUCACACUCUGACUUCCGCGAUGAGAUGGCCCUCAGCUGUCUGCGCUCCGCCUGCUCCCUAACCUCCAUUCUACCCGAAGAACCGGAUAUUCACUGGUUGGCACGCGUGUCACCAUGGUGGACGAUUCUCCAUCAUCUAAUGCAAGCUAACACCGCACUACUUCUUGGACUCUCCUGCUGGUCCGUUACCGAGUUGCCCAAGACAUCCAAGCCUACAAACCCAGUGACCCCACCUAUAGACACUCAAACCAUGCUUGCAGCAUGUAAAAAGGUCAUCCGCUGGCUCCACGCCAUGAGCUACACUAACACUGCUGCUCGACGUGCGUUUCUCUUCUGCGAUAGUUUCAUCCGUCGUAUGGCGCCGAGUUUGGGCCUCGAUCUUGCCGGUCUCCCGGAUGGAACGUCCUUGCCUUCCCCCAACGACUCCAUUUGGAUGAUGGCGGAUGGUCCGGAAGAAAUGUGUUAA